AUGCCCAACACAGGUGUCUUAUAUAGCUUUCAUCAGUUCGGUGGCCACGAUACGGAAUCUUGUGUUGCCUUGCGCAACAUCAUUGAAGGCCUCAUCCGUGAAGGCAAACUGGAGAAAUAUGUGCAUCAUUUCCCACCCCCUCCACCUAACCCUCACCAACAGCAGAUCAACAUGAUCUCAACCAUCAAUGGUGGUCCUACAAUGGCUGGAACCUCCAACAACUCCAUCAAACAUUAUGUCCACUCCACCUAUGCGCACUAG